AUGCCUCGUAUCACCACAUUCAAGAAACCAAAGCUCAAUCGUUCUCGCUAUCAUGAACACCAACAAGGUGGUCUCUUCGAAGAGGAUCUCAACAACUUCAGCACUUCUGCUGUGGCCAUUCAAAUCAAUCCGAAACACGUCGACCUCAUAAUGGAGGAGGUCAUUAAAAAAUAUGGAUGGAAAGAUAAGUUAGAGUUGUUGGAGGAUAAAUGGAAAGAGGAGUGCCAACGCCAAGGAAUUUCAAAGGCUAGUGUUGGAGUUGCUUUUGAAAUACUUAGGGACAUUGUUCAUCAAGGGAAAGGAGGAAAAAUUUGUUGCAAGAAAUGCGGAGUUAAUCCUCAGCCUAUUCAAAAGGAAAAGAGUAGCGAUGAUGAAGAUGAGGAUUAUAUUCCCUCCGAUGAAGAAACAGACGAAGAGAAUAGCAAUGAAAAAGACAAGGAUUCAUACAUGGAUGAUUCUGAUAAUGACAGAUAUGAUUUGAAUGCCAGGUUUUGUGAAUGCCCAUGUAAACACUGUGCUAAGAGGUGUCCACCUCCAUUUACUGGCUCUGCUAAAAUUAAGGAUGGAAUUAUUCCUCCCGAGCUGAAAGAAAGACUCAAGACUCAAUUAUCUCGUUUGGAAAAUGUUCCAGAGGAAAAGAAAGAUUGGCAUCCAGGUACCAAUCGUCAGGUAUUGGAUUUGAUUCAUCCUUCGCUGUAUUGCUUUGUUGAAAAUGUCAGUGUUAGUGACAAGAACAUGGAGCCCCAGACAUACUACAGCAGUCAAGAAUCAUCUAAUCGAUGUCAAUGGCUACCUGCUGAAUUUGAAAUUGAUUCAGAGAAAAAAUGUGUGAAAAGAAUUGCCUCCUACAUUAACAAUUUGGAUGAGGUUGCUCACAAAGAUUUAUAUCAAACUAUCCAAGAAAUUUUCUCAAAAUUUCUUCCAAUGCUGAAAGCUUAUGUGCCUCUUAGGGAUAGGCUUCAGGUCAUUGUUAAGGCAGCAAAUAUUAUAGUCUCGCCUGACAAACCAUGGUAUAGCGGCGGAACAUUUCACACGGAAGGAAUGGAUUAUGAGCAUAUUGCUGCCACUUGUAUUUAUUAUUAUCAUUCAGAAAAUGUGAAGGAUAGUUACUUGGAAUUUAGAGAAAGCCUUGAGAUUACUGUUGACGACUAUUACGAUGAAGAUUUGGAUGGAAAGGGAAUUUAUGACAUGUAUGGAAUUCAUAAUGGAGAUUUACAAUUCCGUAAUCUCGGUGCCAUUGAAACCAAAGAAGAUAGAUGUAUUGUUUUUCCAAACCGCAAUCAGCACCGAGUACGACAUUUCUUUCCAAAAGAUCCAUCUCUUCCUGCCAUCCGUAAAAUUUUAGUUUUCUUUGUGGUUGACCCAAAACACCCUAUUAUAUCAACUAAAAAUGUUGACAUUCAACGCUUUGAUUUCCUAAUGAAUAAGUACUUUAUUUUGAACAAAAUUUUACCAUUCCAUAUUGUAUAUAAGAUUCUCAAUUUCUUCCCGCACAUGAAAAAAGCUGAGGCCUUGAAAUAUCGUGAAGAUUUAAUGAACCAAAGAAAAUUUUUCAUUAAUGCUCAAAACGAAGAAAUUGAAAGAGAGUUUUCUCUUUGUGAACACUAA